UCUUUUUUCAGACUAAUUAAAAAUGGCUCUUGCUGGAGAGAGUACAUCAACUUCAACCUGGCCACUACCUCCUACUCAGUAUAUUAAUCACUAUACAGAUGAGAAUAUCAGGAGAGGAAGGGCUCCAAAGCCUCCACUACCAAUUCAUAAUGAAUACACAAUGUUUGGUAUGCCUUUCAAUGCUGAUGAUGCAAUUAUUCGACCUCUUGAAAGCCAGGCCAUACGACGUUUAUACCCGCAAAAUUUUGACCACAGAAGGGAAUUGAAGAAGCUAAACCACUCUAUCUUGGUGAACUUUCUAGAUCUAUUGGAUAUCCUUAUAAAGUGUCCAGAUUCAAACAAAAGAACUGAUAAAAUUGAAGAUAUCAAUAUACUAUUUAUUAAUAUGCAUCAUUUGAUUAAUGAAUUUCGACCUCACCAAGCAAGGGAAACCGUUCGCGUGAUGCUGGAAAUGCAAAAAAGGCAAAGACAUCAGGUUGCUGAGCGUCUAGAGCAACAGGAAGAGCUUGUGAGGAGAUUAGUGCGAGAAGCUCUGGCAUCUCUGCCCGACAAUUUAGACUUGGAUUCUAAGCUGUUGGUGCCUUCAUUAGAAGAACUCCAAUUGAGACCAAAGAGUGAUGCAAAUAGUAAUGCAGAAGACAAGUGUUCAAGUUUAGACAGAUUAAUGUGCAAUAUAGUAGAUGCUUUAUAAAAGGAUGGACUUGAAAUUCAUUGGUGUAUGUGCUUCCCAAGGGAAAAAAAUAUUGUGUAGUCAUGCAAUGCAAAGUUUUGUUGAGCAACUGCACGUUUUACAUUGUGAUUAGAAGGGAGUGUAUGGUCAACUGUAGGCGGCUUCCUUACCUACGACAUAUAUAUUGAUCAUUAUCCAGUGAGACUUACUGGAAAGUAAUUGCUUUGGAUGAGCCACCAGACUUGCACUGUGGGAGGAAUGAGGGGUUCCUCUGGAAUACAGGGUCAUAGAGAUUUUAUUAUGGUACAUUUUGUAUAGC